AACAUCAUCUUCCUCCAAAUUAAAGCAUUUUACCUAUCUUUUUUAUUUUUCGGAGGAGCUCCAAAAAAAAUAAAAAAAAUAAAAACCAAAAAGCCAAAAAAAAAUGAAGUUUCCUACAAAUUUUGGGUUAGUCAUGGUAACCCUAGGGUUAAUGUUGAUAUCAAGUCCAUUGGCUGAAUGUGGUGCAUUUGGCUUAAAGGUGAAUUUACGUAAUCCCUUUUCAAAACAAAAUUCAAAGCCAACAAAAACAAGUGAAACUCCGGCGCAAUCUCCGGCGGCCGGGCUUGCUCCUGCUCCUAGUCCAUUUUCAUCAUAUCCGUGGACUCCUUCUGGUUCUGGUUUGGUAGUUGGUUUCUACAAUGAUAAAUGUGAUUCCAAUGUUGAAGUCAUCAUCGAAUUUCUAGUUGAACAAGAGUUUAAAAAGGAUCCUACCAUUCUUCCUGCCCUUCUUCGUCUCCAGUUCCAUGAUUGUUUUGUCCAUGGUUGUGAUGCAUCCAUCCUUGUCGACGGUCCAUCGACAGAGAAGACAGCAGAGGCUAAUCUCAGCGUCAGGGGUUAUGAAUUUAUCGAAAGAUUGAAGGCCGCCCUCGAAUCAGAAUGUCCUGGUGUCGUCUCUUGUGCUGACAUUAUUGCGGUUGCUACUAAAGUUCUUAUUAAACUGGGAGGAGGACUGGACUAUCCGGUAGAAACAGGACGAAAGGAUGGACUUGUAUCCAACGCCGCAGAUGUUCAACUUCCAAAUCCUUCCAUGACCGUUGACGAAGCUGCUGCUGUUUUCGCUGCCAAAAACUUCACCUUAGAAGAAAUGGUUGUCCUUUUAGGCUAUCACGCUGUUGGAAUUGCACACUGUAAUUUCUUCCAAGACAGACUUUACCAAGGCACAGCCCAAUUCGACUCGGAGAUGGACCCAAGCCUUGUUAGACAGCUAAAGCAAACUUGUCCACAAAGCCCAAUCACCAACAACACUACUCCUCUAAACCAAGAUUCAACCAACAACAACACAUUGAACAACCGUUUCUAUGGCGAGCUCCUCGGAAACCGGGGACUUCUCGCAGUCGACCAAGCAUUGUCCCGUGAUCCUGCAAGUUCUACCAUCGUUACCAAGUUGUCCCAAAAUCGUGCAUUGUUUGACAUUAGAACUGCACAAGUCAUGAUUAAGCUGCAAGCUGUUGAGGUCCUCAUAGGAGACCAAGGUGGAAUUAGGAAAACUUGCGGCAACAUUAACUAAGACUAGUACGUGUUUUUGUGAUUUGUUGAUUUCUUCGUUUUAUUUUAAAAUUUCCACAUUGUUUCCAAGUUAUCUUUUUCACAUUAUACGCUAGUUUCAGGGUUACAUCCCUAAUUAGCAAAACGACCUACGUAUUAUUUAUAUAUGGAGUUACUCAUCUUUGUCUUUUAUUCUUACACUUAUGAUAAACUUAUACGUUUUGAUA